AUGUUCUCUUGGAUUUUUAUCCAGUUGCUCUUACACCUUCCUAAUUUUUUCUGUGUCUUUAUAACCUUUAAUAUCAGUAAAUGCUAUUACAAAAUCACUGAAGCUUUUCACCAAAAAGGUGAUGUGGUUAUUGGUGCAUUUUUCCCAAUUCAUACUUACUACACAGGGAACAAGAUUCCACAUUCAUUUCUACCAUACUAUUAUGUGGACAAUUACCUACAGUAUAAUUUUAAAAACUACCAGUAUAUUCUGGCUCUGAUAUUUGCCAUUGAAGAGAUCAAUGAAAACCCCAAUCUUUUAUCCAAUAUAUCUCUUGGAUUUGAUUUCUACAAUGUCAGAUUCACUGAGAAGGACACACUUAUGAAUGCCUGUAUUUGGCUCACAGCACAUAGAGAGAAAUAUAUUUUACCUAAUUACAAAUGUGGAAAAAAGCAUUUUACUGCUGCACUCACAGGAACAUCGUGGACUACAUCUGCCCAAAUGGGCACAUUAUUUCAACUGUUUAAAUUUCCCCAGCUUUCCUUUGGCCCUUAUGAUCAUAUUUUGAGUGACCGAAAUCAGUAUUCCUCUCUCUACCAGAUGGCCCCCAUGGCCUCAUCUCUUUCACUCGGCAUUGUCUCUUUGUUGGUUCAUUUUAGGUGGUCCUGGGUUGGUCUCAUUCUCCCAGAUGACCACAAAGGCAAUACAAUUCUCUCAGAUUUCAGAAAUGAGAUGGAGAGAAAAGGAGUCUGCAUAGCUUUUUUGAAAAUGAUCCCUGCCACUUGGAUGUCACAUUUUAACAAAUUCUGGAAAAAUAUGGAUGAGACAAAUGUCAUAAUUAUUUAUGGUGACAUUGAUUCUCUAGAAGGCCUAAUGAGAAAUAUUGGGCAAAGGUUAUUGACAUGGAAAGUCUGGGUCAUGAACAUUGAACCCCAUGUUAUUGCUGAUUAUUUCAUGUUAGACUCAUUCCAUGGGAGCCUCAUUUUUACACACCAUUAUACAGAAAGAAUUGAGUUUACUAAUUUUGUUCAAACAGUUAAUCCAUACAAAUACCCAGAAGAUAUUUAUCUUCCUAAAUUGUGGUAUUUGUUUUUCAAGUGCUCAUUUUCCGAUAUUGAUUGUCAACUUUUGAACAACUGUCAAUUCAAUGCAUCUUUGGACAUAUUACCUCGUCACAUAUUUGAUGUGUCCAUGAGUGAUGAGAGCAUCAGCAUAUACAAUGCUGUGUAUGCUGUGGCUCACAGUCUCCAUGAGAUGAGACUUCAGCAAGUACAAAUGCAACCAUAUGAAAAUGGGGAAGAAAUCAUGUUUUUCCCCUGGCAGGUAAUAUCCUUUCUACUAUAUUGUAAUGUCAGCAUUCUGAUAGACCAAAGGAGUUUAGAUUGGAGACAGAAAUUUAAUACAGAAUAUGACAUUAUUAACCUUUGGAAUUUACCAAAUGGUCUUGGAAGAAAGGUGAAAGUAGGAUCAUUUUCUACAAAUGCUCCCCAGGGCCACCAGUUGUCUUUAACUGAGCAGAUAAUACAAUGGCCAGAAGAAUUUUCAGAGAUCCCCCGGUCUGUGUGCAGUGAGAGUUGUGGGCAUGGAUUCAGGAAAUUAGCUCUGGAGGGCAAGGCUGUGUGCUGCUAUAAGUGCACUCCUUGUGCAGACAAUGAGAUUUCUAAUGAGACAGAUGUGGAUCAGUGUCUGAAGUGUCCAGAGAGUCAUUAUGCAAAUACGGAGAAGAACCAUUGCCUCCAGAAAGCUGUGAGCUUUCUGGCAUAUCAAGAUCCCUUGGGGAUGAGUCUUGCCAGCAUAGCUCUGUGUUUAUCUACACUCACAGCCUUUGUUAUUGGCAUUUUUGUGAAAUACAGAGACACUCCUAUUGUGAAAGCCAAUAACCAAGCUCUCAGUUACAUUUUGCUUAUCACACUUACUUUCUGUUUUCUUUGUUCUUUGACUUUCAUUGGCCAGCCAAACAAAGACACCUGCAUCAUGCAGCAGAUCACAUUUGGAGUUGUAUUCACUGUAGCUCUUGCCACUGUGUUGGCCAAAGCUAUUACUGUGGUUAUUGCAUUCAAGGCCACUUUUCCAGGGAGAAUGAUAAGGUGGCUAAUGAAAUCCAGGGCCCCAAACUACAUCAUUCCUAUCUGUACCCUAAUCCAAGUUUUUAUUUGUGGAAUAUGGAUGGCAACCUCUCCUCCAUUCAUCGACCAAGAUUUUCAUGCUGAACAUGGACACAUCAUUAUAUUUUGCAACAAGGGUUCAUCUGUUGCCUUCCACUGUACCCUGGGAUACCUCUGCUUCUUGGCACUUGGGGGUUAUACCAUGGCCUUCUUGUCUAGAACUCUGCCUGAUUCAUUCAAUGAAUCCAAAUUUCUGUCACUCAGCUUGCUAGUGUUCUUUUGUGUCUGGAUCACCUUUCUUCCUGUCUACCAUAGCACUAUGGGGAAAUUCAUGGUUGCUACAGAAAUAUUUUCUAUCUUGGCUUCCAGCAUAGCACUCCUUAGCUUCAUAUUUGCCCCUAAGUGUUACAUUAUCUUAUUCAGACCAAAUGAGAAUACAUUUCAUUAUAUCAGAGACAAAAUGCAUUCUAGAAGAAACAAGUCUCUUAAAACAUAG